AUGAAGAACAUAAGUGGAUCAUCACAGAACUCCGGCAAGAACACAAUCACCCCCUUACAACCAGCACAGACUGUCAUCUUUGGUUGCGGACUGGUUAUAGAAGAAUCAGAGGAUGCCUUCAAGUGGUUGUUUAGUACUUUUCUUAAAGCUGUCGAAGAUAAGCAUCCAGUUGGAAUUCUCACAGACCAGAACAGGGCCAUGGAACUUGCCAUCAAAGCUGUACUCCCUAACACAAUCCAUAGGUGGUGUAAAUGGCACAUUUUUUACAAAGCCAAAGAACAUAUUGGUCCUAAUCUUUACAGCAAGACAUCUGAUUUCAAGGACAAGUUCCAUAGAGUUCUUAAUCAUACAAGGACCAUAGAUGAGUUUGAAGGUGCUUGGAACUCACUUAUUGCUGAGUAUGAUCUCCAUAGCAACACCUGGCUACAAGAUGUGUGGGAUAAACGUGAUCGCUGGGCACCACCAUACUUCAAAGAUUUUUUCUUCGCAAAGAUGACAACAACGCAACGCAGCGAGUGCAUGAAUCAUGUGCUCAAAGCCUACGUUUCACCAUCAUCAACCAUGCAUAACUUCGUUAAACAAUACGAUAAGUUUAUUGCUGAUAGGAUUGCGGCUGAGGACAAACUUGAGUUCGACACUUCGAAGGAUGCAAGGCAGCCGAGAUGUGGAUCACCAAUAGAGAGGAAAGCUGCUAAAGUUUACACAGACACCAUGUUUGCGAAGUUCAGCGACCAGUACUGGGAAGUCUUGGCAGUCUUAGCUUUGGCUUCUGAGUUUGAGGCCUUUGCUCCACAUGAUAAUCAUAUUGAGGGCCAGGAGCAGUGGGUGGAACCAUGA